UUGUUGUGUUUACCUCCCCUUACACACACGCAGCCGUGACCUCCGAGGCAGAGUGAAGGGAAGCAGGGGGAGCCCUCCCCCUUUAAACACGUCACCGGCGGGCUGGCUGGCUGGCUGGUAUCUAGUGGUGUGGUGUGUGCGGUCGGACUGUGGUUGUGUUUCAGCUCUGGCCGUGUUGAUAACGACACACUUCGGGCGCUUUUCCUCGCGUAGACAUGGGAAUUCAGAAGACAUGGCUCUAAGACAAAUAGCCCUAACGCUGCUGGCCCUGCUCGGGCUGGCGGCCGUCGGUGACGCUUUGCACUGCAACUGCACGAACUGCAACGGGGGCGAAUGCAAGACAAAAGGAGCCUGCCUCGUUUCAACGUACAAGUCCGAAGGGAAAGAUGUGCUCUUGCGGAACUGCCUCGACCCCGAUAAGAUGACUCCACCCAUCUUCUGCAAGAGCGCCGAAGGGCACCUGAACGCUCACUGCUGCUUUGAAGAUUACUGCAACAGUAUUGACUUGAAAGUCCCAGACCCGACGACCGGAGAGUGGGUGACCUCGGAGAGCUCCUGGGGGCCAGUAGAGCUGGUUGCGGUCAUAGCAGGGCCUGUGUUUCUGCUCUGUGUGCUGCUGAUGGUUGGAGUGUUCCUCUUCCAGUAUCACCAGAGAGCCUACAGCCACAGACAGCGGCUAGAAGUGGAGGACCCCUCCUGCGACCACCUGUACCUGGCCAAGGACAAAACUCUGCAGGAUCUCAUCUAUGACAUGUCCACCUCAGGAUCUGGCUCCGGGCUGCCGCUGUUUGUGCAGCGGACGGUUGCCAGGACGAUCGUGCUGCAGGAGAUAAUAGGGAAGGGGCGUUUCGGAGAGGUGUGGCGAGGAAAGUGGCGAGGCGGAGACGUUGCCGUCAAGAUCUUCUCAUCCAGAGAGGAGCGCUCCUGGUUCAGAGAGGCCGAGAUCUACCAGACAAUCAUGCUUCGGCACGAAAACAUCCUGGGAUUCAUCGCAGCAGACAAUAAAGACAACGGCACAUGGACGCAGCUGUGGCUGGUGUCGGACUAUCACGAGCACGGCUCUCUGUUUGACUACUUGAACCGCUACUCCGUCACCAUCGAGGGCAUGAUCAAGCUGGCGCUCUCGGCUGCAAGCGGCCUGGCACACCUCCACAUGGAGAUCCUCGGCACUCAGGGUAAGCCCGGCAUUGCUCAUCGGGACCUCAAGUCUAAAAAUAUCCUGGUUAAGAAGAACGGCACUUGUGCUAUAGCUGACCUGGGCCUGGCUGUUCGCCACGAGUCCAUCACAGACACAAUAGAUAUAGCACCGAACCAGCGCGUGGGCACUAAGAGGUAUAUGGCUCCAGAAGUUUUAGACGAAACCAUCAACAUGAAACAUUUCGAUUCCUUUAAGUGCGCUGACAUCUAUGCGCUGGGCCUGGUGUACUGGGAGAUCGCGCGCCGCUGCAACACCGGAGGCAUUCAUGAGGAGUACCAGCUGCCCUACUAUGACCUCGUGCCCUCUGACCCGUCCAUAGAGGAGAUGAGGAAGGUGGUUUGUGACCAGAAACUGAGGCCCAACGUUCCCAACUGGUGGCAGAGCUACGAGUCGCUGCGUGUGAUGGGGAAGAUCAUGCGGGAGUGCUGGUACGCCAACGGCGCGGCGCGACUGACGGCGCUGCGCAUCAAGAAGACUCUGUCUCAGCUCAGCGUGGAGGAGGACGUCAAGAUGUGAGCGGCCGGCGAGGCGCGCUGGAGACGCACAACCCGACCACACUCCCAUAGGAAACAAACACUAAAGACAGACUGCAAAAUGGAGAAGAAAACAAAACAAAACAAAAAAAAGAAAAAAACCCAACAACCCUGCCAGUUUUAAAGCCACACUCCAAGUUGUGACAAGGCCUACCUCACCUUUUUAGCCAAAACUACUGAAAGUCACCCAUCCCUCUCCUUCCUCCUCUUCGUCCUCCUCCUAUCCCACGGGCCACACUACAACACUACCACUGUUAAUAGCAUACACUCAACCUCCUUUCAUUUACCAGGACAGAAAUUACUGUACAGUGACUUUUUCUUUCUAUUUUUUAUUUUCCAUUUUCCUUCUACCCGUUAGGUUCAGUGAUGGAUCUAAAAGUUUUCCAGUGGAGUUUCUUUUUUAUGGGUUUUAACGUUUCAGAAAUAACACUCCGGCUGUUUUUUUUUUUUGUUUUUUUUUUUUGGCAAUAUCUCGCCGUCUUGUGUGUGUGUGUGUGAGUGUGAGAGCGUGUGAACCAGAGGACAGGAGGUUGAAGUUACUGUUUCAUUCAUUCGGUGCGAUGCUCAGCAUGUUUCAAGUGUGACCUUCUAACCCAGGCUGUAGUUUAUUAGGCAAUUUAUUCAGAAUGAAAAGGCAAAAAAGUACAUUUUGAAAUGAAGCAUGAACAGCCAGAUUGUUUUCAUUAGACACUACUGAUUAUGGGUACAUGUGAUUUAUUUGUAUAUAAAACGUGCGUUUUUCUUUUCUCCUCCUCUGUAUGCCACAGCUCCAGUGUGACAAAGUGAUGCUAAUUUUUUAUUUUAUUUUUUUCCAUUUUUUCCAUUUUUUUUGAUUGGACGGUACUUUGACAGAUCUCUUGUUUUUAACCUGUCUACAUGGUUUCCAACUGUGCUAGCAAAUAUUAAUUGCUGGAGCUUAUGGUUAUAUUUUUUCCCUCUACUUGUUCCUUUCAUGGCAGUCUGGUGGUACUACUGAUCCUUUUCUCCUUGCGUAUACCCGUUUCUACGUGGGGGUGACGCCUCCAUCUCCUGCUCAUUUUGACACUGGAAUACAGAAGGACUUGGUGUUGAUCUUAAAUACUGCCACUGGCUCUUUUCAAUUUUUUUUGUUUUCUUUUUAAAAACCAGGAAAACAGACAAAACUGUCGGCGGAUCGCGUCGAACAUGCAGGUAGACGCGAGUUGACCUUCGAGGACUGACGCGCCGCAAGCGAGGAACUGCAUGUUUUCAUUCUAUUUCUGCAGACAAGACUAUGAAAGUAUUACACUGAUAUUCGUCACCUAUGGGCUCUGCACUGUUAUGUCCACAAGGGCGUUAGUUAAUGUUUGUCGAAGCCAUCACCUGAACCAUGUGUCAUGUUUCAUGUCCGUUUUGCAUGCCGUCUCAAACACUGGGCCCUCUGCACUGAGGUCCAUUACUACCCCCCUUUUCCUCCCACAGGUUGAUUUUCUUUAUUUUAUUUUUUUUCCCCUUUUGGGCCAUUGGCUGUGCACCCCAGAAAUGUUGCUGCUACUGUUUAACAUGGGUAGAAGUGUAGCGGAAAAAAGAGAGAGAGAAAGUGUGAGAACAAUGAUGAUGAUGAUGAUGAUGUCAAGUUGAACCAAAAUUGUCAAAAAACUCUCGUCCAUGUUUGGUGUGUUGCCAUGGGUAUUUGAUCAUCAUGUUCAUAGGUGAAAACUUCAAAAUUCAGUGAUGAUAUUGUGCUGAUCUUUUCUGAUUUAGUUCAAAAUGUACAUAGACAAUAUACAAUAAAUUCCUCCUUUUUCUUA